AUGCAGAUCGACCCGGCGGCCCUGAGUCGGACUGACUCUCCAUCAAACGCGAUCUCUUCCUCCAAAGGCGCCGCUCCCACGGCGCCGUCUACGCAGAAAUCCACCAAGGCGCUGAUUUCCGUCCCGCGGCUGGACCUCGAGCCUAUCUACACGGACCUGAAAGCCGCUAUCGGCGACAACUGGGCCGAGUACAAGGAGGCCAUCACCCUGUUUCUUCUAGGCUAUCUUUGUACCUCUACUAACCCGUCGCCGUCGCGCGCAGGACAAUUAAACCAGAGCGAACUUUCGUCGCUUGUCGAUCAUAUCAUAUGCGCCGACCAAAAGACCGAACAUCUUCACAACAAUUUCAUAUGCGCGAUCAUCGGGAACCUCACGAGAGACCUCCCGGACCAUGGCGUGGCAAGUUGGGUGUCGGCAAACGACAAACCGUCUGUGGUGUCCAAGCCGACGUCAGGCGAUGCGGCUGAGCAGCGUCUGAAGACGGAGGUGAUGCAACUGCCGCCUAGGGACCGACGACGCAUCAAGGCGAUCCCCGAGCGCGACCCCAGCGAAUUCACCCACAAUGAGUUGGAGGAAUACCAUCUGGCAAAGCAGAUCAAGCUACCGAGUCAGGUCCCCGCCAGUGCGGGCGGAUUGAACAAGACAAACUGGGAACUGGAGAUUCGGAAACGGUACGCACAAUCACUCGCAUCGGAGACGGGUGAAUUUCCAGACGCAGAGUCCAUCUACCAGCGUAUGGUUCCAAUAUGCUAUGAGGAGUCCGUCGUCGGCGGUGCGGGAUUCCCCUGUGCCGAGUUCAUGGCGAUCGCGACGGAGACGUUUGUGAAGGAGGUCCUUUCCGUUGUGUUUUCACGAACGCGGUGCAACGGGCCCUCGGGGACGAUCAACGGCAUGAUGAUGCGGAAAUACCGCCAGCAGCUCGAAAUGGAAGAACUCGCUUUCACACGGGGUGAGAUCGUCAAAGACAGUGCGACAGGCUUACUUCCGGUCGAAGCGAAGGAAGCCAGCGUCCGAAAGCCCCUUGGGGUCCGGGAUUUACGGCUGUCGUUGGAGCUCGGUGGUGGUGUCCUUAGCCAUAUGCCUCUGAUCGUGGAUCAGAUCAUGGGCGGGUACCUCGAAGACGAGCUGGAGACGGACAAACAAGACCGCGUGGAGGAAGUGGUGGAAAUGCCGGACAAGAACCCAAAACUGAAUAAGUUCCCCGAAGAGAUGGACGUGGACGAAGUAGACCUGGACUGGGAAGGCGGCACAGCGCAAGACCGAGAACAGCUGGGCUCAUUACUAGACGAGUGUUUGUCCAUGGCUGCUUGA